AUGUCAAUAUUUGAUCUAUUACGAUUCGUGUACGAUUCAUGUCGUGCAAAAAUCGUCUCAUUCAAUCUAUAUCAUUCUCAAUCCAUAGAUUCAACAACAGUACAUCGUGAAAUUCUCUCAACUCGUCUAUUUAUUUUUCUAUUCGGAGUCUCACUCACUAUACUCACCAUCUACACAUCUUUUACUCCUCAAAUCUCAGUUGAAAAGAUACAAUCGCCGUCUGUUUCUGAUUAUGAACGACUGCAAAUACAAUAUUCAGACACUCUUCAAUGUCAAUGUCAAUUCAUUUCAAUACCCUAUGCAAUAUUUACUCACAUUGAGACAUCAUUUCAUCAAGUUUGUUCGAGCAAUUUUAUUUCGCAAGAAUGGAUUGAUUCUCUAUUCGAAAAUAUUGAUAGAAAUCUAUGGCCAAUGGAUAUGAGAACAACAUUGAGUGCUAUGUGGCAACUAAUUUCGACACUUUGUCAAAUUUCUAUCACUUUUGUUAGCGAUGCGUUUCAUGACUUCGAAGGAUCACAAUUGAUUAGCUCUAUAGUCUUGCCAAAAGAUCGAAUUCAAAUGAAUAUUCAAGCAGCAGUGAAUGAAACACAAAAAAAAGUAUCGAACACUUUUUUACUAUCAUUGAGUAUUAUUCAGCAAAAUACACAAAUAAAUGAUUUUAUCACAGGUGUAUCAACAAACUAUAUCCUAAAGACAACUGAUUAUCCGUUUCAAUUGAAUGAAUCCAUUGAAAUCGUUGCAAAUAAAUAUAUACGAGAAGGUUCAACAACCAUUUGUACUUGUCUAAAUAAGAAAUCAUGUCCGAUGCCUGGUAACAUUUACUUAUACGACGUAUGGGAUACGAAUGGAUUGUUCGAUAUGAAUAUUCUAAUCGCCAAUGAAACAUUGCCUGGUCUCAUUGUUGACUGCUUACCACUUCAAGCAAUGUUAGCUUCAUCCUUCGAAUGUUUCUACAAUCAAUCCUGUCUCAAUAUACUUAUUUCGGUCUAUUCAAAUAAGAUCGAAGUUCAAAUACUUAAUCAAUCUUUCCCGAGUCGAUUUUCUUUAACAACAAGCAUUGGAUCAAUUGUUGAUCAAUUAUUCAUUGAAAACAUUCAGAUUCAAACCAAUUAUGAUUCUUAUUAUAAUGGAUGUGCGCCAUCAUAUUGUAGUUAUACUCAGUCACGCCGAUUCGAUUGCAUCUAUGUUAUUACAACUUUGAUUGCUCUAUACGGAGGAUUAAAUGUAGCACUUUACAUCAUUACACCUUACUUAAUCGAUUUGUUAUUAUUCAUCAGAAAAAAAAUAUCAAGACAAGAUCGCUCUCAACCCGAAGAAAAUAUUACUGUUCGCAAUCUUCUUUGGAAUUGGUGUCAUCAACUGCGAACAUAUAUAAUCGAGUUGAAUUUUUUUGACAAUUAUUCAGAUGAUGCAUUCGAUAUUCUUCGUGGACGUAUCUCUACAUGGCUCUACAUUAUACUUUUAACGACUAUUAUGAUGAUUAUUAUUAUUUUCAAGGUAAAAUCAUCAAAUUGGACAAACGUAACAGUCUAUUCACCGUCAAUAAAACAGUAUGAAAAUUUAUAUAACCAAUAUCCAAAUACACUACAAUGUCCUUGCAGCAAUAUUUCGAUUCCGUAUGACACAUUCAUUCAAGUCACACCAAUACAACAUCAAGUGUGCACAAGCAAUUUCGUUCAACCAUGGUGGUAUGAAAGUAUAAGUCCAGUAGAAAAUAAUAAUACAUCAUUGAAUUCUUCUAUAUAUAUUUCAUCCUAUUUUCAAACAAUGGCCGUGUUGUGCGAAUUAACGAAGUUAAAACUUGAUGAUAAAAUACGUCAAUUUUCUUCGACAAUAUUUGUUAGUUCUCAACUUUUUCAUCAGCAGCUGAUAUCUAUUCAAGCAAAUUAUUUGCUUCAGACACUGAUAUCGUCGACUAUAACCGAAUUCAACGAUAUUUUUGCGUUGAUCAGCAGCGUAAUUCAAGCUAAUCAAUAUAUUAGUGGUCGACAAACAAAUACUGUACUCAUGGAAGUAUUUUUGAGUGAAUUCAAUGCAACAGAAAUAGUUUCUAUGACGCAUACGGGCUCUGACAAUGAUGGUCGUCCAUGUUUUUGCGCGCAAAAUUCUCUAUGCAACAUCGAAACAUAUUCUCAUAAUUCAAUAUCAAGCACAAUACCAGGUUUAUCUUUCAACUGUUUCAUAUUCGAUUCAGUAUUGGAAUCAUCUCUCAUAUGCUGGUAUGAUUCCAAUUGUCUCGAUGAAGUGUUGACGAAAUUGAUGUUGAACGUCACAAACAUUACUGUUCUUGAUGAUACAUGGCCUAGUCGAUUUUUUUCGAAUAGUUCAAUAAAAACUUUACUCGAUAACAUGAUGAUUGAAGAAUGGCAGGCAUGGAUUAAUUACACUGCUUUCUAUGAAAUUUGCCAUCCGGCCUAUUGCACAUUUACCUAUGAUGACAGACACAAUACACUGUAUCUUAUUACUACAAUGAUCGGUACUUUUGGUGGUCUUGAUAUUGUUCUUGGAUUUGUUUGUUUGAUUGUUGUUCGAUUUUUAUUUCGAUGUAGUAGCAAACGGCCAACAGCUAAUACAUCACUUCCGAACAACCAAGAAGCGCCUAAUCAACAUGACGGACAUUGCGUAGUUCUCGACAAUGUUUGGCAUUCUGUACGCUGCGAAAUAAAAACAUAUAAUUUAUUUAAAAGUGGAUCAAAUGAAACUCAGAUUAUUCGUCACGAACGUUAUUCAACACGAGUCUAUUUAUUUCUUUUGUCGAUUGGUAUAUUUAUCAUAAUAAUUUCUACGAUUUCAUCGAAAGAAUUGGUGUAUCAAACAAUCGAAAAGCCUACUCUAGAAACAUACAAUCAAUUAAUGCAAUCCUAUACCUCUACUUUGCAAUGUCCCUGCUCAGGUAUAUCAAUCAGUUAUAGUCACUUUAUGCGCAUUAGUACCGUGUUUCAUACAGUUUGCUCAAGUUACUUCGUGAGCGAUGCGUGGCUUGAUUUUUUGUUCAGCAAUAUAUUUUGGUUUGUUGAAGAAAGAGCCGAUAUUCGUGUACUCGGAUCAGCUUAUUUCAACUCAUUAUCGACAUUGUGCCGACAUUCGGCGAUAACUAUUGAGAAUGCUAUUCGAAAAUUUCUUCCUGAAAAACUGAUAACUGCUCAAUUGAUGCCAAUAAAUCUGAUUUAG